AUGAAGGAACGGCGGAAAUUACUGUCAAAUCCGGAUGCUGGCGAAGAUGGAGGCCACCCAUGUGUGGGAUGCCUGGAGGCAAUUACAAGAGCCACAGGGGGCAAGGUUCGAUCCCUGAUCGCAGAGUGUCCCAGUUCAGACGGGGAGAGAAUCACGUCACUCCCAUGCGGCCGCUGCGAGGAGCCGUGUUGUCGUUUACACCCUGGGUUAUCUACUCGUGAGCUGGACCUUGUGAUGAACCACCUUUUGGUGGGGAACAAUGCCCGGAAUAGCUACGGGGAGAAGGAACGGAAGGAACUGAUUCUGCGUGUCUUGGAGCGACACCGAUUCUUGGUUGCCAAGGAUAUCAAUGCACAGCACCAGGCGAUCGAGGAUAAGGCGAUGGAGAAUUUCCGCAAGAAGUUUGUCUUUCGGGAUGAUGACACCGCGUGA